UUAGUUUGCUCUUGGAGGAAAAGCUGCAGAGAAGGUCGAGGUACCGCUAUAGCCAACAACGAAAUUGGCAAUUUGUUGGGCGGGCAGCCAGGGUGUCGUCUCUCUUUCUCUGCACGGCAGCGGCGCCCACACUCGGAUCGCUCGCUCUCCGCAUGGCCCCACUCACCUGGUGAGCACUCUCACUCCAUACACACACGCUUUAUGGCCCAGAUAAAUGAAAGUGAGAGAGAUGUGCCCACUGCGCGGCGGCGGCGGUGGCUGACCUGUUCCACCGGCGGAGCAGUUCAGUCUUUGAUCGACGUCCGCCACAAACAAUGCGUCAGGUCGCCGUGCUAGUCCUUUUGGUGGUAACCCUCUGCAGGUCCGAGGAGCAGGGCCGCCAGUUUCCACCCGGGGUAAUCGUCGACCCUCAGUUCUACGACCAGCCCAACUACAACGAGGGGCCUUUGGAGCGGCCUCCCCAGUUCGGGGGCAGACCGCCCCAAGGAGGAAACAGGCCAUACUACGGCGACGACCCUUACGCAGGACGUCCGCCAUUCGACCAAAAGCAGGGUUACCGGCCCAAGCCGUACAGGCCAGAGUCGUACAGGCCCACCGCACCACCCCAAGCAGGCUACAGACCUGGACCCCCGCCGCCAGGGUACGGUGGACCCUAUCCCCAACCUGGGUACAACGAUCCAGGGUUCGGUGGCGGUUUCAACCCCAUGGGCAGUUUCUCCAAUGCGCUCGAAUCCAUCGCCAAGCAUGACGAAAAGCAAUGCGUGGCGCGCAUGGUGUGCGAGCUGUCAGCUGGAGGACGGCCAGGCUCUGGCUAUUACCGAGGCAGCGGAGGACUCUUUGACCUCAGCGGACUUUCGGGAGUUGUCGAUCUUCUGGGGGCGAUGACUGCUUCGUCGGCGGCGUCGCCGAUGUUGACGUUCGGCAGGGCGGCGCUGCUUGGCGCCACGAUGCGCGACCCUUACCGAUGCUACCGCUCGUUCCCCAAUUGUCCGCGCGACCCCGACCGCCUGGUCGACUACCUCAACAACCACAACGGCGGCUUCUUCAGACUGUUCGAGCCGACGCCGACGGCACCCUCGGCCAGCAGCUACAACACCAAGAGGCCCUACUACUACAACAGGACAGGGAAAAAGCUUGAGGAUGCCGAACACAAGGAACAGCGAGAGUCGGAGCAGGGCGACUCGUCCAACCUGGUGAACCCUCGCAUCGUCAACGACGCACCCCCCGUGAUCGGUGAGCAGUCCCCCAACUCGCGUCUCAUCCGCGGACCCAAAGCGAUCCGUUUGGAGAACAACGAGCCGACCCGGCUCGAUUUGCUCGUUCCAAAUCGCGUGAGGGUGGCGAAAAAGCCGAAUUUCUUCCCCGAGGCGUCGGUGAACCGCACCGCCGUGCACCUUCCCCCUAGCGUUUUUAACCUGGUCCGCGACACCCCCCUGAAAAGCACCCCUGCGACCUCCCCCAAACCCCAGGUGCAGGUGCACCAUCACUUUCACGACUACGACGACUACCAAGACCCAGACUUCUCGGACGAUUAUCCCAUCAACGACAAGGUCGAACCGAUCAAGGGUUACGACGACGAAAAAGACAGCCAGCACCCCGAUUUCUCGGCUGACUACCCCAUCGGGCACAGAGCGGGGCCGUUAGUCUCGAAAGCACCCACGCCCCAAAUGAACAGGGAACUGCUGGACGUGUACCGGCGGCCCAGCAGGGUGCUCUACGCCGAGUCGUCCCGCCCCGGAAAUAACAUAAACCCCAAAUCCAUCAGCCAGUCCAGUUUUCGCUUCCCGGCUCAAUCCAGGCAGUGACUAACCCCUUACCCCUUGGCAGGGCUUGUUUAUUUAGUUUUUAAUGCUCAUCGUUGUUGAAUCUUGAAGAAAAUUACAUUUAAAAAUAUUAAUAAUGAUAUAAUUAAAAUUUGAAGAGAACCCUAGGUAUGUUCCAUUAAAUUAUUUUGCAUUAAACGUGUGUUGACUAUCUCACCCCGCGUUAAUUAAUUCAGGUUUCUGUGUCAGAAUUUAAGCCACCCGCGCCUCAAUGUGUGACUGCAGUCAAUUAA